CGCGCACGGUCUAUGGAGAACUGCACACAUUCGGAGCGAUUGGAACAGCGUUAGGCCAAGAUCAUUUUCAGACAGAAUCGGUCGUCGCUCAUUUUGUGAGGCGGACUUCCCGACCGGCGGGGAUUAAAACGUGCGAGAGCAUAUGUGUAUGAAGGGGGAACAUAACAAACAGGAUGGUUCGGGAAACCAGACACCUUUGGGUGGGAAAUUUACCCGAACAUGUUCGAGAGGAGAAAAUUGUCGAACAUUUUAAACGCUAUGGACGUGUCGAAAGUGUUAAGGUUCUUCGGAAGCGGGGUUCCGAGGGUGGCGUUGCGGCCUUUGUGGAUUUUGUGGAUAUCAAAAGUGCACAGAAGGCUCACAAUGCUGUCAACAAGAUGGGCGACAGGGAUCUUCGCACUGACUACAAUGAACCAGGGUCUGUUCCUAGUGCUGUUCGGGGCCUGGAAGACAACCCGCCCUCUAGCAGUCAUGGACGGGACGUUGCAGGAUUCUCUAGGGGGGCAGUGGGUCCAGUGUUUGGGCCUCCUGUGUCUCUCCACUCCAGAGAGGGACGUUAUGAACGGAGACUAGACGGGGAUCGAUGCGUUCUCCUGCCUCUUCAUCCUGGCCUCGCUCAUGGAAUCUAAAGCGAAAUAUUCAUUCCAUUCUAUUUAUCAUAAGAGGGUAUUGUCAUUCAAAAUGAGGGAUAUAUUAAGUGAAGUGUAUCCUGCUUCAAAUUUGGAUAUUACUGGGAAUAUCCGGGUGAGUGUGGAUGUAUCACAUUUGUUGGAAUCUAUCCUGGUGAGUUUUUGGAUAUUUUGUUUUUCCAAAAUUUGGGAUGUAACUUUGAUUUACCCUGGGAUUGACGUUACCUGGAAGUAAAUCCUUGCCUGUGAUGGAUUAAUCCUUCCGUAUUUUCUUUAUACUUUGAACAUAAUUCAGUCAGACAACGUAAUCUCAAAAUGGAUUCCACAUCAUAGAAGGCAGAUGGUGGUUUCCUGGUUGUUUUCUUCUCACCACUUCUCCACUGCUGGACAUUUUUUGUGGCUUUGGAACAUUGGAUACCUAUUCCUCUGGAUGUAAGUGACACGAACAGGAUAUAAUAUAUUGUCAUUAGGUAGGCAUCGUCACAGGGCUGCAAUUGUAUCUAAUUCACCCAACUCAUAAUUCAUUGAUUCAUGAGUAUCUUCAGAAAAAGGAAAAUAAAUGAGUAGGAGUUUGUUUCAAAAAGUGAAGAAAAACUGGACAACAAGAUUAUCAAGAUCCAUGGAGAUAUUUGAUGAAGCUGUGGCCAUGAAGACACCUGAAGACUCAGAUCUUUGGAUAUCCGUCUGUUGGAAGUAUGUGCAAAGCUCCAUGAUGGAUGUAAGGAUGUUGGGUAUUGGAUGAGUGGGUAUAGCUGCCUGUACUGGAUUACUCUUCUCCAGGGUGGAUUCAGCUGUUUAUCCCUUCUGCAUCAAUAUCCAGGGUUAUGAAUAGAACAUUUGAUUUUUAAAUAAGAUUGAAUCUGCCCGUCUGUUCCCUGAAAAUUAUCCCCACCUACCUGAAGACAGCUGGCUGUGUGGAUAUAGAAGAUCGCAAGGAAUUAACUCUUACAGAGAAGCAGUGGAAUAGGAUUACUUGAACCAUUUUGGACCUCGGACAGCCGGGAGCGUGCGUAUGAUCACAGCCCUUAUGGACAUCAUGAACGUGGUGGCACUUUUGACAGGCAGCGUCACUACAACGCAGACUAUUAUCGCGAUCGUUCCAUGUUUGCAGCUGGCCCGGGCCCGGGUGGCACCGCGAUCAGUGCGAGCUUCGACACCCCAGAGCCACAUUUCGAGCCCAGAAUCCGAGACCCUUUUACUAUGACCAGCGGGUCGCGUCGUGACCUCUAUAGAGAAGACAGGGGGCGCAGAGUGGACAGAACUUACCAUCACCGCCGUAGUCGUUCGUCUCAUUCCUCACAGUCCAGACACCCUUCCCCUCAAAGGACCACGGGACAGACACCCAAAGCCCCCAAUUCCCCCAAAAGAGCCCCACUUUCCCCGGGGAGAGCUCCACACUCUCGGUCCCAUAGUCGGUCCUCUAGUUCCGAUUCGGUCAGCAGCACUAGCAGCACGGGCAGUGGCAGCAGCGAUUCAAACAGCAGCUCAAGUGAUGGGUCUCGUGCUCGUUCGGUACAGUCCUCUGCCACACACGGCCCUCCCUCUCAGCCUUCCAUGGGUCUGGAUACAGAUGAACCACGCAGAAGCUUUGGAAUAAGGGUGCAGAACCUUCCAGUGCGCUCCACAGACACCAGUUUGAAAGAUGGACUCUUCCAUGAGUUCAAGAAACAUGGGAAAGUGACAUCAGUGCAGAUCCAUGGGGCCUCUGAAGAGCGAUAUGGCCUUGUGUUCUUCAGGCAGCAGGAGGACCAGGAGAAGGCUCUCACCGUCUCCAAAGGAAAACUUUUCUUUGGAAUGCUCAUCGAGGUCACUGCCUGGAAUGGCCCUGAAACCGAGAGUGAGAAUGAAUUUAGGCCUUUGGAUGGACGGAUCGAUGAGUUCCACCCUAAGGCCACAAGGACCCUGUUUAUAGGGAAUCUGGAGAAGACUACCAGUUACCAACAACUCCUCGACAUCUUCCAACGCUUUGGAGAAAUUGUGGACAUUGACAUUAAAAAAGUCAACGGUGUUCCUCAAUACGCCUUUGUGCAGUACUCUGAUAUUGCCAGCGUUUGCAAAGCUAUUAAGAAGAUGGAUGGAGAGUAUCUGGGAAGCAACAGACUCAAGCUGGGGUUUGGGAAGAGCAUGCCAACAACAUGUGUCUGGCUCGAUGGUUUGGCAUCUAACAUCACUGACCAGUACCUCACACGCCAUUUCUGCCGUUAUGGACAUGUAGUUAAGGUUGUGUUUGACAGAUUGAAAGGGAUGGCUCUUGUCUUGUACAACAACACUGACUUUGCACAAGCAGCUGUCCGAGAGACCAAAGGGUGGAAAAUUGGUGGUAACAAAAUAAAGGUGGAUUUUGCCAGUCAAGAGAGUCAGAUGGCUUUCUAUCGCUCUAUGCAGGCCUCAGGGCAAGACAUCAGAGAAAUCAGAGACAUCUAUGAAAUUCCAACUGAAAGAAGAGAGGAACGUAGACCUCCAUACCACGAGUUCACAGCUGAAAGAGCUUACUAUGAGAAUGUUCGCACCCCUGGAGUCUACCCAGAAGACCCCAGGCGAGACUAUCCUGCCCGCAGUAGAGAACGUUUUACUGAACUGGAGCAUUACCAGGGGGAUCACUUUGACCCACGGUUCCACGAAGAUCCCAGGGAGUACAGGGACUAUCGAGAUCCUUUCGAGCAAGACAUUCGAAAAUACACAUACAUUCAGAGGGAGAGAGAAAGGGAGCGCGAACGUUUUGAGGCUGACCGUGGCAGGUGGAGCCCCUCUCACGGACGACGUCCAAUCACCCCUGCCGUUUCCCCUUCGCCAUCUGAGCGCGCCCCCAGAGAUUCUGAACGACGGGUCUACAGCCAGUCCUCUGAGAGAAGUGGCAGUUGCAGCUCCCUCUCACCACCACACUUCGACAAAGCUGACAAGACUCCACUGGAACAUGGCGCCAAGACUGAUAGGUUGGACAAAGACACACAACUGCCCCCGGCUGAGCGUGGCCCUGGAGCUGAGAAAAGCAAACGUGGACGGCGGAAGGAGAAAGCUGACAAAGAGAAGGGUGAGAAGAUUAAAUUGAGAAAAGGAAAGGUUCAAUCUCCCAGUGUCCCACCUACCGAGACAGAGUUGGAGACUAGCCUUGAAGCGGGUUUUGGAAGGGGAAAGGUUUCAGACCAAGACAGCAUCGAGAGGCAGCGAUAUAAAGGGGAUAGUGAUCCUUCUACAAAUCAGACAGCGUCAACAUCUCGCCAUGAUCCUCUUAAAAGUGAGAGACUUGACGUGGUAAAGGCUGAGGGUGUAGAGGUGGAUGGAAAAAGUAGAUCCAAGAAACACCAAAAGGGCGACGUAGGAAAUGAUGGGAAAGACGUAUCUGUAGAUUCUGAUCGCCUUGCAGCAAGAAAAAGACGCUUUGGAGAUGCCAGUGGAAAGACCAUCAGACAAAAAAGGAGUAGAUUGGAGGAUGAAGAUGGGAAUCAAAUUCAAGAUUUUGGACCUAGCACUGCAGUUGAGAGUGACAGCAAGCUAAAAGAUCCACAGCGGAGAGAUUCUAGGUCCAAAACCGAAAGAAUGGUAUUUCUCAGCAGUCAUAAGGAAGGGCAAGAUUCUGGGGCCAGAGGACAGGGAGAACCGUCAGAGGGGCCCAUUGACCCGGUGGACUUGAACCGUCUUCCAGGGAACAUAACAUCCAGAAGGUAUUCCCAUGAGGACAGUGUGGACCAGGACACUAAAGAUCAAGAACAACACGCCAUUUUCAAAUAUGGUCCACCGACAACGGACAACGACAAAAGUGGAAAGGAACGGGAAGAGCAUGUGGAUAUUGACCUGUCUCAGAGUUACCGGAAACAAAUGGAGCAAAAUAGAAGGCUCCACCAACAGCUGCAGGAGUCUGACAAAUCAGAGAAACCAGGAAGUCCACUAGGUGUUGAAACUGAUGAUCUUGAGCCCCGAAGUCUUGUGCAUGAAGUGGGUAAGCCACCUCAAGAUGUAACAGAUAAUUUCCCAUCUCAUAAACUUAAAAAACUAGAUCAGUUUGACAUGCAGGAUGCAAGUAGUAAAAGGGAGCGUGUCUACCGGAGACAGAAAAGUGAGGAUCCUGAGUGGAACAGCACUGCCUCUCUGGGAUUGCAGCACUUUUCCCACCAUGCAGAUGAUGAAUUUGCUGACUUUUCAAACCUCAGGGAAGUUAAAGCUGAGGAUAAAGUACAUCCAGAGUUGGAGCUAGCAGACAAGCGGACGCAUACCACUCAAAUAUCCAAGCCAAGCACUCCUCUGCAUGGAAGUGAUGAAGACCAGCAAAAGCGUUGGGAGAGCCGAGUCAAGCAAGAUUUGUUACCUGACUUGAACUUCAGCAGAAGUCUUGGGAAAAACCUGCAUAAUCGGAAACGGUUGGAGUAUGGAAUUGGACAUGAUUUGGAACCUGGGGAAGUACGAUCUGACUCAGAAGAAGACAGAGAGAACAAACCGCACUCUCCAAUGCCCUCUACAUCGGUGCCUUUCUCCGAGAGGCCAAGGGGUGACAGAUUUUCAGAUCCCAAGCUAGCCACCCUGGAGAGGAACAAGUUCUACUCCUUUGCACUUGACCAGACCAUCACACCAGAUACAAAGGCGCUGUUAGAGCGUGCUAAAUGCCUGUCCUCCUCGAGGGAAGAUAACUGGUCUUUCUUGGACUAUGACUCUCACUUUGCGGGUUUGCGUAGCCAAAAAGAUAUUGAGAAGGUGGAACCAACACCACGACCUACACCUUCUUGGUACAUGAAGAAAAAGAAAAUUCGCAGUGGGUCUGAAGACAAAGUAGAUGAUAGAAAGGAAGAACCUAAGCCAGAAGAGCACGAACGCAGGGAGUUGUUUGCUUCCCGUUUCCUUCACAGCUCAAUCUUUGAGCAGGAUUCUAGACGCCUGCAGCACCUAGAAAGAAGGCAUGAGGACCCAGAGCAUGGCCAGAGCCAACAAACUGGUCAACAAGGCACGACAGACACACAGCCAGACUCUGAGCCAGUUGUCCUGUUCCAUAGUCGGUUUUUGGAGCUUACACGACUGCAGCAACAAAAAGGGAAGGACCAACUGCAACAAGAAGUUAAAAGGGGAAAUCUUGUCGAUGAGAAUAAAACUGAAAAACCAAUUGAUCAAGAACCGCAACCUCUGCAGGUACCUAAAGUCGCAGAGCCCCCUUUGGAGCCAGAUAUCAAACCUGUUAGCCCUGCAGAGGAGCGCAUAUCUUCUGAGUCGCCCCUUGUGCUCAAUUUAGGCAUUUCACUUGCACCUAAGGAGAUGUCUCCACAGGAUGAAAAACGUGUAAUUAGAAGUCCAUCUCCAGAUAUAAUACCAGUAUCUAUGGUUACGGAAGAGAAUAAAUACAACAAACAACAAUCUUCAACCCCACCCUACCCACAAGUUGAGAUUCCACCUCCUGCAGCUGAGGGUGUUGUGGCCCCUGAGCCAGCUCCUCCACCAGGCAAAUUUAAAUCCUCACCAAGUGAAGAGAAAUCUGAAGAUGUGACUCCAGUUGUAAAAUCCAUGGUUGAGUCGUCCUGUGACAUUGAUGGUGGUACUCAAGAAGCAUCGGUAAGCGGUUCUGAACCAGAGCUAGAGCCGGGACUUGAGCAAGCCACAUCUGAACUAACUGAACUGAAAGUUCCUUCACUUCCUGACACUGCUGAGGAGAUGGAUGUUUCAAAAUUUGAGGAGUCUUACACUGCCAAAACAGAAACCCUCUCGGAUACGGAAAAUAAACUUGAUCAAGAUAAAGUGCCUGUUUACGUUGAAGCAAGCGAAGAACCAGUUUCGCCUCCUCAAAAGACUAAAAACAAAAAGAGUAAGUCCUCUCCUAUUCAAGUUGCUCCUGCCUCUUUUACUUCUGUAUCUAGUACUGAGAAACCUGUCACACGAAAGAGUGAACGCAUUGAUAAAGAAAAGCUCAAACGAGCAUCAUCGCCAAGAGGAGAGUCUUCAAAGAUCAGUUCUGAUUGUAAAUCCACAGCCAAGUCUCCAAUACACGGAGCAGACUCUGAGCAAGGCUCAGAGCAGAGCAUAUCAACUGGACGAGCAAGGCGCAGAAAUGUUAAAUCUGUCUAUGCAACUCCACUUGACGAUGAGACACGAACAGGAAAGGACGCGUCAGAGUCACCACGUUCUGCACGGAAACGUGGUGGUGACAAGGAUGCUCCACCGCAGCAAAAUGAAGAGCAGGAUUCCCUUGUUCCGAAUACCUCGAAAAGGGGACGUCCACCCAAGAAUCGAAGACAGGGAUAUGACGCUUCAAGAAAAGGUGAUAGGUCAAAAAUGGACACCAAAGACAUUGACUCAAACGAAUCAGAGAGUGGGGAAAAAAUCCCUAAAGCCUCGAAAGGUCGUCAUUCUCCGUAUGCUUACAAAGGGUCAGGUCAAGUAGCCCAGUCCGGAAGCAGUAAAGGAGAAAAAUCAGAUAUUCCUGAUGAUGUUCAACAGCAGACAGAUAUUUCAGAGGAUGACAGUUUGGCUCCACAAGAUCCAUUGGUGUCUAAAGACAAUUCAUCUUUACAUGAUGUGACAAAGAAAGAAGAGAAAAUCAAGCAACUGGUAACAGAUAAAAGGGAUCAAGACAAAGACAAGAAUAACCCACCCGAAGACGAGGCGUUUGAAUCUGUAUCAAGUGAGAAAGGUGUCGAGGCCCUAGUUAUAGAUGAACAGCCCUCUUUGGAAGACAAGAAAACUGCUAGAGGAAAAUCAGCCAAGUUGACACGGACCCCAAAGUCUCCAGUUCUCAAGAACUUAAAAAUUAGACUGAAUGUCACAGAGGUGAAAGAUUUACUUCAGUUAGGAGAUGACGAGGCAGGAAACCAAGAGGAUUACUUAAAAAAGACCAAACCAAGCGACUCAAAUGACCAGCUGUUAGAGUGUAGUCAGAGUAAGGAAGAAAGUCCCAGUAAUGAGAACAAUGAAGAGGAAAUGCCAGAUGCUCAGCCUCCCCUGGAUCCCUCUCAAGAACUAGAGCUGGUCCAAGCUGUGGAGAACAUUGCUAAACUUACAGGUCCAACCCUACCUACAGACCCACAGCCCCCCACUCCACCAGUCCCCGCUACAGAAGUGAAAUGUGACACGGAGGAGGAAAAACCAAACAAUCCUGCCAGUGAGAAUGAACUAAUGGCUGCCAUUGAUUCGAUUACUGCUGAGGAGGCAACUGUUCCUUUGGCUCAAGAUCCAGUAAUUGCUCCUGCUGCUGUAGAGUCAGAUACGGAAAUUAAUGCCUUCAUCCAGCCAGUCAAGGGAAUAGAACCAACAAUACAAACAUCCUCUUCUCAGGGUGAGGCUCCUUUCCCUAACACGCCCAAGAAAAAUUUAAAGGGGCGAGCAAAAACACCCAAACGGCCAAAAAGCCAAAAGCCAAGCAAAAAGGAACCCAGCAAAGAAAGCUUGUCAGAACCUGAGAGCUCCUCCAUCGCAACAUCUGACAGCACAUCCUCCAACACUCAGACCAUAGUAGAAUGUCAUUCGUCAUCUGCUGGUGUCAUUACAGCCACAUCUUGGAAGCCAGAGCCUGAACCAUUGGUUGCCAAGGUUGCAGAUGGGACAGCUGAAUCAAAAGUAUUACCUGUAGAGCCACCUCAACAUAUCAAACCCGUCUACCCUUCUACUAAAAGUCCUAACUGUCCCAAACCUCAACAACCACCACCUGAGUGCAUCUCACCCUCGUUGUCUCCACCCCCUAGCCGACCAAGUGUCAGGCCUCUACAGCCAAGUAGGAUCCCAGUUUCCCCACCUGAUUGGCGCAGCCAGUCAAAAGACACAGGAUUCCAAUCUGCAGUGUUACCAGGCCCCUUUGAAAAUCAGUCGCCUCCCUCUGACCAUGAAAGCUUGGAUCCUGAUCAUAACACAAGUGACUUAAGACGCAUUCUAAUUAAGAAUAAAAACGUUUCACUUCCAGGAAUCAGUUCCCUUUCUGGCAAUUUGGCAAUCCCCACCCCUAAUAAUCCCCACAUAUCCGAAAACACUCCACUGGUUGCUGUGCCAAAUAAAAUCCCACUCUCUGAAAGUAGACCACCACCUCAUCCAGCUCAGCCUAUAGUCCGACCCCCUGCCUCCCUACCAUCUCCUGAGACAAAGUCAGUUGUAUCUGUCAUUGCGUCCACUGCCACUGUCAUCAGCCGUGUUUGUAAUCCUCCUGAUUUGGAAGAAAAGGGGAAUGCCACUGGAGCAAAUCCCGGUAUGGAAAUGCAACUUCCCAAACCAACCUACCGAUCCAGCAUGGAGGAUGGUGGUUCAUACCAUGGGCCAUCAGUCGGUGAGGAGGGGGGAAGUGCUGGACGUUUUUUGGUUGAGAGCUCCACUCUUAGUACUGGAUCAAACCCAGGGCUAAGAGUGAACACCUCAGAAGGUGUGGUAGUUUUGAGUCAUUCUGGGCAAAAAAGGGAAGGCCCUCUUCGCCUCUUUGCGAAAAUAAGCCAGAUCCCACCUGCAACAGCAGUUGACAUGGAAUCUCAGCAGCUUGUAUCAAUGCCCCAAAUAAAACAGGAAAUGUAUACCCACCCACAGUCAAGCAAUCCGAAGUGUCCUCCAACGUCAGCUGACCAUGGUCACCCAGCUAAGACACAGCAGGCGGUGUCCUCCAUAAAACAAGAAAACACAGGUUUGGAAAAGAUGGAGUCUCACUACCAGCCUGGGACUCAAGGAGGAGUUGUAAAGCGCCUUCCGCAAGCAGUUGGAGGUCAACAGGUGAUUGGAUACCAUCAUUCAGACUUUACUAUGUUGCUAAAGCAUCCAAAGAAAGUAGAAGGAGCAGAUGCACUGAAUUCUGAUGGGGGAAAGCUGUCUUGGACGUCUGCCAUAAGUCCAGCAAUAAGUCCUCACUUGCCCUCGCCAGCUGGCAACCACGUUGGCUUUGUCUCUGCCACAGCUGGUGACCGAACUCCGUCUCAUCUCAGUGGCGUGAAACAGGAGCCCCGUUCUCCACGAAAGUCAGCCCACCCUCAUUCUCCAUUCUCGUCUCAGAUAGGCUCCUCUUCCCCCAAAGGUAUCCCAGUGAUGUUAACCUCAGGCUUGCCAACCAUGCAGCAGUAUGUCACCAGUGUCCACCACCCAGAGCAGUCGGUGAUCAUGCCUCCUCACAGCGCUCAUGGUGCCUUGGGAAGGAUGUCUCCGCACCGUGGAGCCCAAACUAUUCCCAUGGCGCAUCUUGUCCAGGGGGAAGUGAGGGUGAACACCCCGCCCCUUUCUGCAAUGAAUUUUGGUAUCCAUGGAGAACCCCAUGCCUCUCCAUGGUCAGGCCCGAUGCAGCAGCGGCCCCCCUCACCCCAGACUGUCGGCAGGGACAUGGUGCUCAAGGUGAACCCUGGCACCGUGAGGAGCCACGAGGGGGAGCAAGAGGAUCCCAGGCGCUUUCAUCCGGCUGCUGGAAGGCCAUCUGCCACUCAAGUGAAACCAGAGACGAUGCAGCCAGAUCCCCGUUCAGCUCUGCGCAGCGGCAUACAGAUGGACCAGUACAUCACGUCACCCAGGGACGUGCGUGUGCUCAUGCAUCACCCGCAAGGAGAGCGCGCUGGCCCAGAGCCGCAUACGGGGGGACACAUUCAGGAAACACUCCCGCCUUCCUCAACCUCCAGCAGCAUCGCCUCGUCCAUGUCUCCAAGAGCUCACCUGCUGUCUAAAGGCGUGUCGGAGAAGGAUGGACCAAAGCCGCAAGAAGCUAAAAGGCCACACUCUCCCAGCAAGGAUGGGAUGAUGGGUGUUCGAACCCCUGUGUCAGCUAUAGCAUCUCCUCAACGGGUUCAACUGAUGGCGUCAGGAACAGGGAGCUCCUUUCCAGAAUACUCCACCAUCUACAGCAACACGAGGGGCAUCCAUUCUCAAGUCACCGAGUCAUCUACUGUAGGGAUCCAAGCGCCUGUCAACAUAACAUCAGCUCUGGGUGGGGAGCAUAGCCAGGCACAAACUGGACACCAGCCUGUCAACAUGGUGCAACUUCUCACGAAGUACCCAAUUGUGUGGCAAGGCCUGCUGGCGCUGAAAAAUGACACAGCUGCUGUCCAACUGCAUUUUGUCUGUGGCAACAAAGCCUUGGCUGUGCGGUCACUGCCACAGCCACUGCCAGAGGGAGGCCAGUUGCUCCGAAUUGUCCAGAGGAUGAGACUAGAGGCCUCUCAACUUGAAGGAGUGGCAAGAAGAAUGACAGGGGAAAGUGAGUUCUGUCUCCUCCUUGCUCUGCCGUGUGGACGAGACCAGGAUGAUGUCCUGAACCAGACCCAGACCCUGAAAGCCGCCUUCAUCAACUACCUGCAAGCCAAGUUAGCUGCUGGUAUCAUCAAUGUUCCUAACCCGGGCUCCAAUCAGCCUGCCUAUGUGUUGCAAAUCUUCCCACCUUGCGAGUUUUCAGAGAGCCAUUUGUCCCGGCUAGCUCCCGAUCUCCUAAACCGGAUCUCUAGUAUCUCCCCGCACCUCAUGAUUGUCAUCACAACCGUAUAAUAGCCCCUCCUCGCCCACCUAGCAGCCACCUCAUCAGGGGACGAUAUUAACGGCAAGACUCAGGAAACGAGAGGAACGGAAGGAUUUUUGUUCUUGGAGACAUUGGGAAUGUUAAGGAAACGUCCUAUUGGAACUUAAAUUUUUCCCUGUCACUCAAUUUUUUUGGUCACUCCUGCCUGGUAAUUUAGUCCUUCUUACAAGCUCGGGAUGGACUGAACCAGAGCUCUGUUCUAUAUGUGCAGUCUGAUUUGACCAUUUUCUCUGCUGUAUUUGUAUUUAUUUGGGAGUAUUUUUGUUGUUGUGGGGAGAUACUUUAAUGUAAAGGAAACGAAAAUCAGGAUCUUGAUGAACAAGGAUGAGUGAAAACUGGGUGGCCUUUUUUCUGUAUUAAUCUUUUAAUGAUUGUGUCAUUUUCAAUUCUAUAUAGGAAAAGGAUCAUUGAAGCUGUUAUUCCACAGCGACAAAAGACAUUUCCACAUGCAUUUUAAGUACAAUAAUAAUGUACAAAGGUUAUUUUCCAGCCUUUCCUAUAGAUUUAAUUAACUUCAAAAACUAUUAGAACAUGUAGAGAGGACCAUGUCAGCCAAUCAACUCCUUAUUUCACCAGCUCUGCUGUUCCAUUUUCGGUCUACUGAACCAGGCUCAGAAUCAAUCGAGUGGGAUUUAGGAGUUUUUGAAAUACUGGACUCUGUAAAUAUUUUAAAUAUUUGACUAAAUGGAACUUGGACAACUUGACACAGAGACUUGCAACCAUGAAUAUACAAGAUGCUGAGAUUUGGGAAGAACAAACAAGGUUUGUGAGGAAGUAGAAUUCAACCCUUGGUUUUGUGAUGUAAAUACUUGUGACGAGGCAGGUUGGUGAACUCUUGUGUGGAGUUUGGAGAGGGCACUUCACAUUUUGUUACUCAAAUAAAAAAACAAUCCAGAAAA